AUGUCAGCACCACAAACACCUCGUCUUAAAUCAAAAUUAUCGUUGGAUAUACCACCUUCAAGUUAUUCGGAUUUUAACUCUCCAAUUUCUCCCUCUUCUCCCUUUAAUCCUAUACCUUCUCCAACUCUUUCUGGCUCAUGGUAUGUAAAUAAAUCUCAGGCCGAACUUACCGCAUUAGUUAAAGAGGCCUAUAACUUUAUAAAAGAAAAGGAAAGAGAUCUUACGUUAGCAGCAGAAAUUGGGAAAAGUCUUUUAGAAAACAACAUUGCUUUAAAAGCAAAAUAUGAAGUACUUUUAGGUCAAUACCAAAACCUACAAAGACAACAACAAAAGGCGGCCGCUAUCGCAUUACAAGCUAAUGCCAUUAAAAAACCAUCAGCUGUGCCCAUAGCUCGACCAAACAGUUCGCUGGAUCCUUUUAUGGGAGAUACCAGUGACUUUGAGGAAAGUGACACAGAUUCAAUUAAUAAUGGGUACGCCAGUUCUACUGAUAUGCAUUCAUCAACAGCUUCUAACAAUUUGGUUAGAAGAUAUUAUAGUAAUACUAUAAAUAAAAAAAAGAAAAAAGACCAGCAACAAUCUGGUUUAACAUUUAAGGAUAUUGAAAGUAUUAAUGAAUUGGAAUCGAGAAAUCAAGAUCUUCAAACGAGACUCGAUGAAGUAGUAAAAGAAUUCGAUGAAUCCGAUAAAUCCAAUAAAGCAAAAAUACGUAAACUAGAAGCUGAUUUAAAACAUUAUCGGGAUGAGUAUUCUCUAGCAACGCAAAAAAUUGAAGAUCUUGAUAAUGAAACUAAACGCCUGAUUCAAAAACAAACAUCGGAUUUUUGGAAAACAAAAUACGAUAAAAAAUCAUCUAAAAAUGACGAAUUUAUUGAAAUUCUAGUGAAUAAAGUGGCUGAAUUGGAAGAACAGAAUCAUAAUAUUGAAAAGGCGAAAGCUGAAACUGAAAAAAAAUUGUCUAGAGUCAUAGGAGAACUGGACAUGUUACAAGAAGAAUUUAAUGAACUGGUCGAUCAAUCUAAAAACUACGAAAUAUUACAAUUAGAAAAUCAAGAACAAUCAGAACUUAUCAUUCAACUGAGAGAUCGUUUAGAAGAAGAACAAUCAAAGGUUGUUAGCUUGAGGUCAGGAAUACUGUAUUCAAGAUCCAAUUCGAGAUCAAAUUCAUUUUCAGAAAAUGCAUUAAGGAGAUUGAGUGAUCCAGAUAGAAUGAGAUCGUUGUUUGGAACAGUGCCACAAACACCAACAGGACCAACACCUUCAUCAAGUGGUAACGGAGGAGGCGGAUUGGGUGGACUAGGAGGCAAAAUCAAACGGACUUUACUUUCAGAAUUGGAAAAUGAAUGGUUUAGAGAAUUAACAUUGUUUCAACGUGAUAUUAAGAAAUCGGGAGGAAAUGACGAUGGAUCACCGCCGUUUUCGCCAGUUUUAUCAGAAAGAGCCCUGUCAGACUAUUUCUUAAAUAAUGGAUCACAUGUAGAUGAUGAUGAUGUAUCAAAUAUUGAUUAUUUAUCAGAGUUUAGCUUCAUUGAAGAAUUCGAUACAGACAAUGAGAAAGCAAUAAGAAUAAGAGAAUGGUUUUGGAGAAGGUGGGCAAGGAAUGUCUAUCUAUUCUUUAGAUUAAUCUGGAGAUGGAUUAAAUUUAUUCUAAUCUUGAUUGCAGCCAAUAUAAUGGCAAUAUACCGUGGGCCUGAUGAUAUUCUACCUGAUGAUAUGUAA